AUGGGUUCAGAAAUGGAGGCCAAGCUUCAGGAGCUCGAGGCCCGGUUGGCAGCUCUGGAAAGCGCCGGAGCGGGUGGCGAAGACGGCGUCCUGCCCUCACGAAAGACCGGCGGUGAUGCUCAAAUCAUGAAAAAGGUGGCCACCCGCCUGCAAGACUUCGAGUCGCAGAUCACUGCCCAGCUCGCGAACCUGCAGACGGACUUCGACGUCCUGUGCUAA